GUAAUCUCUUUCUCACCAUUCUCUCUAUUCUCUCUUCAUUCAUCCGAGUUCAUCACUAAUCUCUCAACACAAUCUCUUAAUCUCUUAAUCAUCUCUUAUCCGCUGCUAAUCUAUAUAUUCUCUCAUGGUAUCAGAGCCAGGUUCUUGAAUCUGGUGGCUUAUUUCUCUUGUUUUCUCUCUAAUCUCAUCUCCAAAACCGCUUGUUCUUUGUUCUAAACCCAGAAAACGUCCGUACAAACCCUGUUCUUGUGAAAGACUCAAACUUUCUCUUCUUUCUCUGUUAAUCUGUGUUGCUACGGUUGCUAUGGAGGGAAACAAAGCUCAGGCUCUACCGAUUGUUCUCAAAGGAGCAGACAACUAUCUGCUUUGGGCAAGAACAGCUAAGGCUGUGUUGUGUGGAAGGAAGCUAUGGCAUCAUGUUGAAGAUGCAAAGAGUGGCGAAUCUAAAGAAGGAGGAAAGAAGCCGGCUGUGACUGAUUCUGAUGAGUGGUAUCAGGAAGACCAGGCGGUUCUAGCUAUUCUCCAUGGUGCUUUGGAUAUCCCUGUGUUGGAAUCUUACUCCUAUUGUGAGAGUGCAAAGGAGCUGUGGGAUACUUUGAAGAAUGUGUUUGGAAACACAUGUAAUCUCACCAGAGUUUUUGAGGUUAAGAAGGCAAUAAACAGCUUCCACCAAGGAGAUCUGGACUUUAACACCUUCUUUGGUAGAUUCAGAUCUCUUUGGGCAGAGCUUGAGAUGCUGAGGCCAGCCACUGUUGAUGCUGAGACUCUGAAUGAAAGAAGAGAGCAAGAUAAGGUCUUUGCUCUUCUCAUGGUCUUGAACCCAACUUACAAUGAUCUGGUGAAGCACAUGCUCAGAUCCAAGACUCUACCAAGCCUGGAGGAAGUUUGCUCUCAGAUCCAGAAGGAACAAGGCUCUUUGGGUCUCUUUGGUAACAAAGGAAGUGACUUGGUGAUGGCUAACAAGAGUGAAGCUGUAGCGGCCAACAAGGGUUCUUAUGGUGGUGAGGAGUGUGAAGUGUGGGUAUGUGAGCACUGUAAAAAGAAGGGUCACUUGAAGAACAAGUGCUGGAUUUUGUACCCACAUCUCAAGCAAAGCCGCAAGGACCAGAGGAAGCCUAGGGCGAAUGAAGCUCAUGCUCAUGAGGAGGCUGGCCUCUCAGACCGUGAGAAGGAAGGUGUUGCUAUGAGGGCCUCAGCUGAAUAUGUGAAGAAAUCAGACCUGGAUGCUCUCAUUAAGGCUCUUAAAGAGUCUGGAUAUUGAGUCAAGUAAGCUUCUCGGACAAGGAAUAACAAAGGAUGGUCUUUAUGUUCUUGAAAAUACUGAGCCAUCCUCUUUAUCUAAUGCUUUUGUCUUUAGUUCUGCUGUUGAGAAUAAUGCUUUGUGGC